CGCUCUGCUCUGAAGCCUCACAAGUCACAAACCUCCAUGAUUUCUGCUCCCAUGACUUCUCUCAUGGCGGUCCCCUUACCCCGGACAGCCCCUCUUGGCCGAACCAACGGGCAGCUCCCCCUCCUCCUCCGUGCCUUUCAUCGGCCAAGGCCCAGCCACGUCACCUGUGGCCUCCGAGGGACCGGCCGCCGGGGGCCGCUCUGGCGGUCGGACGUGCUGUCCACGGAGUCGAUACAGGCCGUACAGUCCCUGAAGCUGGCGAAGUCGACCCCGAGGCUGGGGCAGGUCCUGAGCGGGAGGCUGUCGAGGCUGCUGAAGGCGGAUCUUUUGAACGCUUUGUCCGAGUUGCAGCGGCAGAACGAGCUCGAUUUGGCCCUCAUGGUCUUCAAACACGUACAGAAAGAAGUGUGGUACGAACCAGAUCUAGAUUUAUACUGCGACAUGAUCCAUUUAUUGGGGAGGAAUAAAAUGAUCGAAAGGGCGGAGGAUUUAUUUUCUGAGAUGAGGAGAUGUGGGCUGGAACCGGACACGCGGACGUAUACUGAGAUGAUCGGAGCGUAUUUUAAAGUGGGUAUGAUUGAGAAGGCAAUUGAAACGUAUGAGGUGAUGAAGGCAGAAGGGUGCACACCAGACCGAUUAACCCUCACCAUUCUGAUAAGGAACCUCGACAAUCAUGGAGAAGAAGCUCUUGCAGCAAAUGUGAAGAAAGAAUGUUAUGAAUACAUGGAUUCUCCGAGAAAGUUCCUUGAAGAAGCCCAGCGAAAAUAUCCAAAGAGAAAAUCGAUCAAUCUCGUCUGAAGACUUCAGCAAGAAUAUGCUCUCUAUUGUUCCGGCAGCUACAAGUUUUGCGAAGUCAAUAGACACCAUCACAGGUUCCAUAGAACCUUCACUUCAGUGGGGCAGAGUUCUUGAUAUCGCUGGUCCAAAUGCUUUAACCAUUUCUUGGUCAGUGACCUAGCCAAGAUGAAAGUCGUAGUUCUCCGAUGAAACUUCUGAGAAGUUGUUUAGAUCGAUUUUAUUUUCCAAAAUUUUUAGGAUACAUUCAGGAAAAAUGGGGAAGCUGAUUAUUUAUUGCUGUACAUAUUUCUGUGUGCAUAUUAGAUUGAAUACUUUAUGGCUUUUUGUUCACUAUGGACAUAGUAAAGUCACUAUACCUGGAAAGAAGCAGAAUGUGAUUCCUCGACUUUACGGUUUACACAUUA